GCAACGAUGUGCAUCGCUUACUCAAAGACGCAGCUCUUCGACUAUGUUAUCUUCUUGCCCGAUGGCCGAGCACACCGAAAGUAUAUGAGGCGAGCGGAUACCGCACGCUUGUUCAUACAGCAAUCCCCACUGUGUCUUCUCCCUACAUCUUCGAGUCUACCAGUCCUACAGACCUGUCAUUGAACAGCUAUUACCCGAAUCCACUCAGCCCAAGCAAUCGUACUAUCUGCAAUGCUCGCCGCCUUCAUUGGAGCCUCUCGAGGUGUUGGAUACCACACAGUCGUCCAGCUUCUUUCUUCCCCUUCAACUCAACAAUGGACUGCUAUCCUCCUCGUGCGAAAGCCGGAAGCUUUGUCUUCCGAUCCCAAUCUUGCCGAGUACAUCAGUUCCGGCAGGUUACAAUUGAUUAAGGGUGACGCUACUGUGGAAGACGAUAUCAGGCAGCUCUUUGACCGUCAGGUAGAUCUGUUAGUAACAUCGAUCGGUGGAAAGUCUCAAUUAACUCGUCGAGGCUUUAUCAACGAUGUUCCUGAUUUAUGCACACGUGCUACAGUAGCUCUUCUUCAUGUCCUUGCAGAGGUCCACAAGAAAGGUCAGCAAGUUCCUCGAGUAAUCACUGUUAGUACUAUGGGAGUAGGUGAAAACCACAAGGUCAUGCCUCUUGUCUGGAGAAUCCUUUAUCCAUGGCUCCUUCGCAGUGCCCUUUUGGAUAAAGGAGGCCUGGAAUACCUCUUUCAGCGAGCAUCCACGGUCAUGUCCCCACCUACCCCCCCUUCCACCGACGUUCUGUCUGCAACCACUAUCAGCUCUACUCUCAAGGAUUUUAUCCCAGAAGUUAUCAUUCUCCGAGGAGCUGCUUAUGUAGAAGAUGACCAACCGCCCAAAGGCAGGAAAGAGACCAAGAUCGGAGAGAGAUUGAAAAGCUACACCAUUAGGAGGGCUGAAGUUGCCAGAGUGAUUGUAGAGGAUUGUCUCCCAGGGAGGAAUGAGUGGGUAAACAAGCUGCCGGUUAUUGGCUAUUAGAUACACUUUUCUCGAAGUUAUUAGGUUUUGAUUAGUCUUUUCAUCGUGCCUCCCGUUCGGCCGUUGUUCAUACUAUUAUUGCCCUUUUAAUCACUGCACAUUUUAUUAAGAUAUCAUCAUGCAUAGAAGUCACAAGC